UAGCAGCGACGAUGUAGAGUAGAAGACAAACGCGACGCGUGCCGACCUGCGGCGCGUGUGCGAGGUAGAAAUAUGACGCGCGAGCGCGUACGCGUUUUUCACGCGCUUUUCCCGAUUGGGACGAGACGCGCGAAAGAGAGUUUGCGGACUCCUCCUCCUCGCGCGGUCCUCGUCGACUGCGACAAAUACUCACACACACGGUAGAGUAGUAAGAGGAAGAAGAAGAAGCAGCAGCAGCAGCGAUGGGCCUCACUUUGCGAGUAAAAGCAAAGAACGACGCGACGCUGGCGACGAAGCAGGAAUCUGUGAACGAGGCCGCCAGCAGCGCACCUCCGCGGUCGCCAAUGUCGCCAGAGAUGCCGGACUCGUUCGUCUUUCGCGAUUUGGAUCGCUAUCCGCGGAUUCAGCAGCAGCAGCAGACUACAGCUACAACUACAACUACGACUAUUUCAUCAUCAGCAUCUUCAGCACCUUCAAAUACCACUCGCCCCCUCCCAGGUCCCCUUCAAAGCGCACCUCGGCCGCAAUUUCCUCGCCGCCAGUCCUCUGUCCGCACCGCGAGCUCCUUCCACUUCACCGCCCAACCUCGCUCGGGCUCGGACUCGUCGACCGCGGACUCGUUUCACACCUCCGUCACCAGCACCGCCUCCGACCGCUCGGACUCGGUCGCCUCGUCCUCGCGCUCGCCGUCGGUGCCAAAUUCGACCUCCUCGUCCGCCUCCUCGACUGACGCAAUACCCCUGGAAGCCGUCCAGGUCCACCUCGCGGCCGCCUCCCGCGAAUCCACCCCUCGCGCAAUCCGCAUCUCCACCGUCUCCUCGGUCUCGCCCAGAUCCUCGCCGCCGGCUGCAACAGCCCUCACCGUGUCUCCUUCUUACUCCUCUUCCUCCCCUUCCCCUUCUUCCCCUACCUCCUCCCGCUCCAUGAGCUACAACACCGCCGGCUCCCUCCCCACCUCCCCUGCCGCCUACGAGUCCACCACUCUCAGCAGCGGCACCGCUGCCGUUGAUGCAGGCAGACUCGAUUUCUCGGACGACACUUACGUCGACGACGACGACGACGCCUUUGACGAAACCGGCUCCUCGCCAGGCAAGUCCCCCACCACCGUCAAGAAACUCGACGCUUUCUUCGGCCGCACCCAGUCCCACAUCAAGAAAAUCCACAUGCCGUCCUCGAUCAAGCAGGCGUCGGCAGACACCCUGUCUGCCGUCAAAUCCAUGUCCUCGCCCUCAGCCGGGAACGUGCACCGCUCGAUGGCGCAGUACAACUACGACCUUGUCGAGACGCUGCAGUCUGAGCUGAGGCUAGUCUCCGUCGAACUCGCUGCCUCCAUCAAGCGCGAGCUUGAUCUCGAAAGCCUGCUCGAUCAGUACGUCACCGUCAACGACGACAACGACGCAGACGACGACAACCAGGUCGCCGAACUCUCCGACGGCAGCUCAUCCCUUGCCGACGACGACAACUACGACGAUCCUGAUCCGGCGAAGGAUAAGUUCAGACGCGGGCUGCAGUUCAGCCCGGAGAAGAUGCAGGAGCUGGAGGCGAAGCUGCGAAAAGAACGGAGGGAGAAGGUGCAGAUGCGACUUGAGUUUCAGAAAACGGUCGAGAUCGAACGUGAGGGUCGGCGAGAAGCCGAAGGCAGGCGCAAGAAACUUGAGGAGCAACUAAAGAGCAAAUCGAAAACCGGCAAAAAAGACGCAUUAAUAACCGCAAAUAUCGAAGCAAACGAAACAAUCAAGUCCCUCGAACUCGCGCUCGAAGACUCCCAGCGCAAACUGUACAACGAGCGCAUGAACUCCCAGAACCUGGAAUACAUGCUCACGGGAAUGCGCGAGGAGCUACAGGAAGUCUCGAUCAGGAGCCCGUCUGAGCUGUCGAUGGCCGCGCGCGCUUCGAGCUCGAUGCAGAUGCUGCAGAACGGCAGCCACGCGCGGUCGAUUUCCGAGUCGAGCGCGCGCAGCUUCGCGUCGAGUAAGGGUUCGUCGGCAGCGAUUAAUGCGAUGACCGACCCCGAGGAAAUGAGAAUGCGCAUCAAAGACCUCGAGACGCAAAAGUCUGCGCUGCAGGACGCGCUGCGGUCGCUUAAAGACAGGCACGAGAUCGAGCUCAAGCGACACGCCGAGAAAGAAGCCACGCUGCAAAAACACCUCGUGCGCUCGCGCGAACUGGUCAAGACAGCGGUGUCGGCGCGUAAGGUGACGGGCGAGAAAGACGUGCUAAUGCUGAGAGAGCAGGUCGCAGUCAUGAAGUCCAAGCUCGUGGGCGCGCAGGCAGGCAAGGACGAGCUACAACGGAAUCUGCUCGAGCUCAAGCAGCAGUUUGAAAGCAUCACGCAGGCGCACGAGGCGUCGCAGUCUCGCCAGCUGUCACAGUCCGAGCAGAUGUCUGGCCAACUGGCUACUAUACAGGCACAGAGGGAUCAUUACAAGGCAUUACUCGAGAAGCUCGAGCGCGACCGCCAGCAGAUGAAGGAGGAGCAUCAGCGGAUGACAGAUACUCUACACAGCAACUCGCAGAGAAUAUCAGAGUUCUCGUCGCAGAUCCAGAAACUGGUGGCCGACAACCAUGCGUUUUCGUCUACGCCGUACUUGGGAGUGUCGCUGUUCGACCAGAUGAAAGUAGGAAGCACUGCUUAGAUCAUUUUUUGUGUUUGGUUUCUGUGAAUAUGAAUUUUUUGGAUGAAUUAUUAUUAGAUAGAUGACGGACAUGAAAAUAAAACGGUG